UGGAAAAUACUACCAAUUGCUCUUUUUGUUUGCGGAUGGAUACUGUAAACAGUGACGUGAUACGGCGUAUCCAUGAGAUUCUAAACAGUAUGGAGGACAAGUGUCACUGAAAUUUAUUGCAGGUUAUUGGAGAUAUUAAGAUAGCCAAAAUGUCUCGAGCACAAGCAGAAAGUGUCAUAAAAAACAUCAUCAGAGAGAUAGCACAUGAAUGUGCCAGCAAAGGACAAGCUGUUUCUGAGACUCUGGUAGCGUUUAUGGUGAAGGCUGUUGUACUGGAUCCAACCAAUGAGUUCAAUGUGGACAGAACUUUAACUAAAGACGAUGUUCAAAAGCUGAUUAAGCUAUGCGUGGACAGGCUGCUGGAUGGCAGGUCCCCAUCCUUGGAUACUGUCAAGAUGCAGGUCUAUUUUGACAUGAACUACACCACCAGAGCUGACUUUUUGGAUGAACACAGAAGAGUUCUGGAGUCCAGACUUCAGCCUGUGAUACGUGAGAUCACAGACAGUCGUGCCAGGACCAGAGAAGAGCUAGAAUCUCUGUACAGGAAGAUUGUGUCAGCAGUUCUACUCAGGUCUGGCCUGGGUAGCCCCACAGAUAUUGCAGUAGUCAGAGAGGCGACAGCUGCACUGCAGAGUGUGUUCCCACAGACUGAGCUGGGCACUUUCAUGUCCCUCACCAAGAGAGAUAAAGAGAGGCAACUUCAGGAGUUGACCAUGAUAGUAACUGGUAUAAGGCUGUUUAACAAGGAGUGCGGCAAGGGAGGAGAGGGCAUUGACGAUUUGCCUGCUAUUUUGAAUGAAGCCAUUCCAGCCACUACACAGAAUGUGGAUGCUGAGAUACAGCAAACUGCAGUCACUGCUUUCAAAUACACAGGCCUGAUUGAGAAACUUCAGAGUGGUGAGAAUAGAGAAGGGCUCUCACUGCAACUACUGAAGGAAGCCCUGAUUAACAGCAGGCAACAUGAAGCUUUCCUGAGGGUCAUCCUUCAUGAUGUGAUUGGUUGCGCUCAGCAAGUUGAGAUGUUGGAGUCUCAGUUAGCAGGUCGUAUGGAGCAGCUCCAGGCCACUGUCCAGUCCAAGACAGCAGUGCCCACAGCACAGGUCUAUCCCCAGUUUAUCCACCUUGCUCAGCUGUGGAGUGGGUUUCAGGAUGAGAUGGUGUUACUAAGUGUCCUCAGUAACAUUCUGGCUAGUCUGGAGCCUUUCACCAGGGGUCACCGUGAGCUGUUUACAGAUGAAGUUUUGGCACCCUUCCUUGAGGGACUUACAUUGAAAUCUGAUGAGCAAAGAUUGCAAGAACUAUUGUGGAUAUGCCAUAGUGAAGAACGACAGACUUCUUAUCCCUUCCAACCCAGACAUUGGAGUGCUUCGUUACAAGGACAACUACUACGCCUUUUCAAGCAAGCAGGCAGCAAUGGAAUUUGCUCAGAAUCCAGACACAUACAUAAGGCUAGUAGCAGAGGCAGCUAAGAGAAGCCCGGAGUUGAUUCAGCUCUUAGAACUGCACACACAGUUUGCCUCCAUCACUCCAUAUGCCCAGGGCAAAGAACCUGGCUCUAUGAUAGAGAAGCCUAUCACAAAGUGUGACAGUGGCACCCAGACUGACACCCAUAUCCUAGAACCCAAUAUUGCCAAGUCAUAUGAGUGGAAUGAAUGGGAACUCAGGAGGAAGGCCAUCAAACUGGCCAAUUUGAGGAAUAAGGUCACCCAUUCCAUACAGACCAACUUGAGCAACUUCAAGAGGGACAAUGUCACGCAAGUCUACCUGCCAAAAGAUCAAGUCACACAGACGAAGAGAGACGGUUACACCAAUGUUCCCAGACCACAGGUUUUCCUUGCUGGACUCCGUGGCGGUGGGAUGAGCGUCCCCACUGAUAUGACGAAGGUUGACCUGACCAUUGAUGUGGACCAGACAUAAGAUGUGCACUCCACUCUGGAGGCACCAUUUAAAAAUUCAGAACAAUUUUCAACUGACAAUUAACAAAGCAAAUGAAUAGUCCAUCUCCGUCCUAGAAUAAUGCUAUAUAUGUCAUAAUUUUAUUACAGUAUCUAUAAGUUACAAAAUACGUAUAAGGCAGAUUUUUUCCAAGCUUCUCCCAGGAUCGUCAUCUGCUGAGAUUUAAAAAGGUUGAUACCUGACAUGGCUAAUGUUUUGAUCUUACAAAAAUUGCAUCGUUAGAUACGCCUUCUCUAAAAAAAAGAAAUUGUUCUAUUUACAUCUGAAAGCACAUACAUAUAUAACGAGACAUGUACAUAGACUGUGAACAUUUAUCAAUGUGUACUUUUUAAUAAAAAAAAUGUCCGAUUCAGCUCAGUAUAAUAACAAAUCUUCAUUUCCGUGGCAAUUUUACGAUUAG